UAAUCAAUUUUUCAGGAUGAACUAAACAGAAUUUCCAUUCGAGCUUUUUCUUUGGAGGGCACCAAUGGCCACAUCAUUCUACUAUUGGAAGUCCAACUUUCUAACAUCUAGAAAUCCUCUGCAAAUUGGGAUAAUAAUAAUAUGGUGGGCCCUCUCUAAUAGAAGUAUUAAGUUACUCUUAAAAAGCUUUUUCACCAAAGACUAUUAUAAAUAUCAUGCAAUAUUCCAUGUUUUGUUCAAGCACAUGUUCUACUUCAUUGUGGCUUAUCUUCACAAAAACAAUGGCUUCAUCUUCCUCCUCCCUAGUGUUCUUCGUUGUAGCUUAUCUUCUUGUGGUUUUCCUAGGGAGUUCAAAUGCCCAACUAAGUACAACUUUCUACAAUACUUCUUGUCCUAAUCUUUUUUCAACUGUGAAAUCUGUUGUACAAUCUGCUAUUAAUAAAGAAACCAGAAUGGGUGCUUCCCUCCUUCGUUUGUUCUUUCAUGAUUGCUUUGUCAAUGGGUGUGAUGGAUCAGUCUUACUUGAUGACACUUCUAAUUUUACGGGUGAGAAAACUGCUGCACCCAAUAAUGGCUCACUAAGAGGAUUUGACGUAAUUGAUCAAAUAAAAACUGCAGUUGAAAAAGCUUGUCCUGGAGUUGUCUCAUGUGCUGACAUAAUAGCCAUUACUGCAAGAGAUUCUGUAGUCAUUGCUGGAGGACCAACAUGGAGUGUGAAGCUUGGAAGAAGGGAUGCCACUACCGCAAGCAGAACCGCCGCUAACAACAACAUUCCACCACCUACGGCGAGUCUUAGUGCACUCAUUACCAGUUUCCAAAAUCAAGGGCUUUCCACCACCGACAUGGUCGCUUUAUCCGGUGCCCACACAAUUGGACAAGCAAGGUGCACUACUUUCAGAACUCGCAUAUAUAAUGAGAGUACCAUUGAUGCAUCAUUUGCUCAAUCACGACAAUCAAAUUGCCCAAAUGCAACAAAUUCAGGGGACGACAAUUUAGCACCUUUGGACGUCAAAACCCCAAAUAGAUUCGAUAAUGGAUAUUAUACUAACCUUGUUAACCAAAAGGGACUUCUACAUUCAGACCAACAAUUGUUCAGUGGUGGUUCUACUAACGCACUUGUCCAAACAUAUAGCACCAAGCCUAGCCAAUUUAACUCUGAUUUCGUCACCGCCAUGAUCAAUAUGGGUGAUAUUAAGCCACUUACUGGCUCUAAUGGCGAAAUCAGGAAGAACUGCAGGAAAACUAAUUAACUGGUUUAAUUAAAUUAAGUUUGAUUAAAGAUUAGGUGUGGCCUUAAUCAAUUCUAAAAGCACACCAUAAUGUUAUAUGUUAUGCUUGAGUGUUAUAGUUUGGCUCAAAGGAGCCUUUAAUGCUCUACUUUGAAGCUUUCGUUUUCUUUUUAGCGUUGUUGUAAUUGUACUUGGUUAAUAAUAUGAGAAUUCAGAAGUAUUAGCUUCAUUAUUGAAGAUGUUAAACUGUCUAUGUUGAUUGAUUUCAAUGCAACUUUAUUCUUUUUGGUUGAAAA